GUGAAUAUGGAACUGCAAAGAGGUGUAUGUAAUCUGUGUUUAGAAAAUAGCAGAGUUUUAAUUUCUCAAGACGCCGAAGAUAUCUGUGAAUUGCUUCCAGUUAUCCUGAAGGAGGAUUUUUUAACCGAUUCAGCAUUUCAGAAGAUUAAAGGUUCACUGAAGAUUUGUUCUUUAUGUUGCUUCAAAAUACAAGUUGCGAACGAAACGAAAGACUUGUUAGGCAAAACUGAAGAUGAGACCAAGAACGGGAACGUUUGCCACUUCUGCAAAACUGACAAAUUUAUUGUAAAAAUAGGAAACAACUGGAAGCAGUUUAAUGACCGGACUGAGGGCGUUUUAAACCAGGACGAUUUUCCGGUGUGUGCAUGCCCUCGAUGUAUAUUCUACUUUGAUACAAUUUUUAACUUUAAAUCAAAGUUGUCGUUUAAGUUUCCCUACUUGGCAGUUCAGAAGAGAAGGUCGGGGGAUACGCCCCAGAAACAAAAUGAUACGCCCAAGAGGAAGUCCCUGUCGAAGUCGCCCCCCAGUUCAAAAAAACGCAAGAUUUUCGAUAAUUGUUUCGACUAUUUGCAGCCUUUAUGCAAUAACGACUACCACGUUGAUAAUAAACUCAAGAGUGACUUGAAACUGUACAGGAAAAUCGCGUAUGUUAAUUUGGAAAAUGCGAAGAACAUCGUUUUGAAGCAAACGCCGAAAAAGCGUCCCAAAAUCAAGAUAAAACUGGUCAAGCACAAGAAAGAAAGCCACAAGUGCAAGUCAGAGGAGCUGCCAAAGAGUGACCGCGCGAAGGAGAAAACGAGGAGAUAUUCGAGUGUUGAACCGUCGAAAAAAUCCCCCGAAGAGCUUGAAGAGACUCCGAAAGCCGCAAGCAUCUCCACACUAGUGCCUAAACGUCGCGUUUCUGUUUAUUUAAAGGAAAAUGACAAGCAAACGGAAAGUUCUGAUGAGCCGGUUCCAGAAGAGGCUAAAGAUAUUUUGAGUAAAUACGUCUCUGAAACAAACAACAGUGAUAUUUGCGAGGCGAUUGUCGAUGUUAUCGAGCAGAAGGUGGCGGAGGAACCACAAGUGGAACAGAAUGGAGUUUCGGGUACAGAAGCUGAAGAAACUGAAAAUGAGAAGGAGGAGGAGGAGACAUCACCCCACGCGCCUGAAAUACAAAACGGAGAAACUGCCGAAGCUGCAGACUUAACCAUUUUAGAGGAAAAGCCAAACGAAGAGUUGACUGCUGAAUCAACGGAACCGCGUGAACCAACUCUCGAGAAAAACGAGAGUGAAGCUAGCGAAUUCGAGACGAAAAGUAACCCAGAAACCGAAUCUCUUAACGGAUCUGAACGCAAAAAGAAGCACGUUACUUUCAGUGACGACGUUUUUACCGAAUAAAAUUUUUACACAAAAAUUCAAUUGUUAAACGUUAGUUUUUACUUUAGUGACGUAGCUAUUCUCCAACUUUUAAGAUUGGUCGUUUGCACGAAUUUGGACGAAAAGCUGGAGAAUAGACGUUAGUUUAUUUUGAAUAAAUGAUUAACAUUAAUGGUAACAAUAAAA